CGGUGUACAGAAACGACGAUACCUUCCGCGUUCUUUCGCGAUUAUGACGAACGUCCGACGAAGGCGAGGAGGGGGAGAAAAAAAAGGUCGUCGAGUCUCGCAAACGAAUCGCGGCUCCAACGGUACGACCCACGGCGGACUCGCGAUCGCGAAGAAACGUACGUUGCAUCGCUAAAUACGCCGAUGACGAGGACGCCGUCGGUCAAUGGCGAGAAAUUCCGAGAAAAGUCGAGGGGUUCCGAGAAAAAUUACGCACCGCCUCCGUUACGCCGUCCGACGAUAUCUAGCAUUUAAUUAUAAACCUUGCGACGUAAGAUCGACGCUUGUACUCACGUCGAGUUUCUUGUCUGUUGCAGGAAUAUGCUGAUAAGAGAAUUGGCGACCGUUUGGGUCGCCGUCCUCUUGUGCCAUCUUCAGCUAACGGAGUCUCAGGUGAGCGUUCCUACUACAAAUGUCUUUACCUGUCCAAACGGAUGGGAGCUGCGAGGCAUACACUGUUAUAAAUUCUUCAACAUCAGGCAUUCCUGGGAAAAAGCGGCGGAAUUAUGCAGGAGAUACGGGAGCGAGCUGAUGGUGGUGCAGUCAUACAGCGAGAACAACAUGACGGCGAACAUGAUCGGCCGGCAUUUCGAUCGUUACUGGCUGGGUCUCGCCACGCUCGACAAUCUGAAUACCAACACGCUCGAAUCUGCCGCGGGAUCGCUCGUCUCGCAAUACUCCGGUUUCUGGACGUUGAAGCAGCCGGAUCCGAAUUCGGGCGAAUGCGUGAACGUCGCGCUGACGGACGACCAGCAAACGUGGGAAUUGACCACGUGCGAGUCGCUGCUCCCUUUCAUGUGUCGUGCCAACGCCUGUCCUUCCGGUUCGUUCCACUGCUCGAACGGCAACUGCGUUAACGCGGCGUUCAAAUGCGACAAGCAGAACGACUGCGGCGACUAUUCCGACGAAUUGGACUGUCCGGCUAAUUGCCAUUAUUACAUGACGAGCAGCAGCGGCGUCGUGGAGAGUCCAAAUUACCCGCAUAAAUAUGCACCCCUCAGCAAUUGCAAGUGGACGCUGGAGGGUCCUCAAGGACACAAUAUCCUCCUGCAGUUCCAAGAAUUCGAAACCGAGAAGAGCUUCGACAUAGUGCAGAUUCUCGUAGGCGGUAGAACCGAGAAGAAGUCCGUGAAUCUGGCGACCCUCUCCGGCAAGCAGGACUUCGGCAAUAAAUUCUUCGUCUCGGCCUCAAACUUCAUGAUUAUAAAAUUCAGCACCGACGCCUCGGUGGAGAGGAAGGGCUUCCGCGCCUCGUGGAAGACCGAACCGCAAACUUGCGGCGGGAUCCUCAAGGCGAUGCCGCAAGGCCAGGUGCUCACGUCCCCCGGAUACCCGCAGAAUUAUCCCGGUGGACUGGAGUGUCUGUAUAUCCUGCAGGCUCAUCCAGGACGCAUAAUAUCCCUGGAAAUCGAAGACUUGGACCUCGAAAACAAUCGAGAUUAUGUCCUCAUCAGGGACGGAGAUUCGCCCAAUAGCCCAAAGAUCACGAUUCUAUCCGGAAAAUUGAAGGACAACCCGACGGUGAUCAUGUCCACCGGAAACAAUUUGUAUUUGUACUUUAAAACGAGCCUCGGCGACUCCAGGCGCGGUUUCAGCAUUCGCUUUACGCAGGGCUGCACAGCCACGGUCUUCGCGAGAAACGGAACAGUUCAAUCGCCAUCCUACGAGCGCAAUAAUACGAAUUAUCCAAAUAAUCAGGACUGUUUGUACAGAAUCAAAAAUCCAGACAAGGGGCCGCUUUCUCUGAAAUUCCGCAGCUUCGACGUUGACAAAACCGACCACGUGCAGAUAUACGACGGCUCCAAUACGAAUGGCCUGCGCUUGCAUCCCGGAAACGGUUUCACCUCUAACACUCGACCCAAGAUCACGCUCACCGCGGAAAGCGGAGAAAUGCUUGUUAGGUUCACCACUGAUGCUCUACACAGCAGUAUCGGCUGGAAAGCCGAGUUUUCUGCCGAUUGUCCCUCGUUGCAACCCGGCGCGGGAGCCUUAGCGUCGAGUCGUGACACAGCUUUCGGCACGGUAGUUAACUUCACCUGCCCGCUGGGACAAGAGUUUGCCACAGGCAAAUUGAAGAUUUCCACGGAAUGUCUCUCCGGUGGAAACUGGUCGGUUACGUACAUUCCUAAAUGCCAAGAGGUGUACUGCGGCCCAGUGCCUCAAAUCGAUAACGGAUUCUCGAUCGGCUCCUCGAACGUUACUUACCGAGGACUGGCGACCUAUCAGUGUUACGCGGGAUUCGCGUUUCCUUCCGGAAGACCGACGGAGAAGAUAUCUUGCUUGCCUAACGGAAUGUGGGAAAAGAAGCCGUCCUGCUCAGCAUCUCAGUGCGCUCAGCUGCCAGAAGCGCCUCACUCUAAUAUUACUAUCUUGAACGGAGUUGGCCGAAAUUAUGGCACGAUUAUCAGAUUCGAGUGCGAGCCCGGCUACGUUCGAAGCGGGCAUCCUGUCAUUCUUUGCAUGAGCAACGGUACCUGGUCCGACGAAGUGCCAACGUGUUCGCGUGCCAAAUGUCCGUUGUUACCCACAAUUAAAAAUGGAUUCGUUGUCGACAUUGGCAAAGAUUACUUCUUCGGCGAUGAAGUCAGGGUGCAAUGCAACAGAGGCUACAAGCUAAUCGGAUCAAACAUUAUACAAUGCGGUCCUUUCCAACGAUUCGAUAAUGUGCCGACUUGCGAAGACAUAAACGAAUGCGCAUCGAGCCAGUGCGACCUGGCGUCCACGGAGUGCAUAAACAAUCCCGGUGCGUUCACCUGCAAAUGCAAACCGGGCUUCGAACCGACCAUGAAGUGUCGGACCACCGGCGAUCUUGGUCUUAUCAACGGCGGCAUCCCCGACGAGUCGAUCACAGUUUCGAGCUCUGAAAAGGGAUAUACAAAAACCGGUAUUCGUUUGAACAACGGCGACGGAUGGUGCGGCAACAACAUCGAGCUGGGUACGAACUGGGUGAUGAUCGACAUGAAAGCGCCGACGAUCAUUACUGGGUUCCGCACGCAAGUCGUGGCCAGGAUCGACGGGAACAUUGCGUACGCGACAGCCCUGCGGAUGCAGUAUACGAACGAUCUGACGGACAUCUUCAAGGAAUACAAGAACCCGGACGGUACGCCGGUGGAGUUCAGAAUUUUGGAGGCGACGCUUUCCGUCCUGAAUCUACCUGUGCCAAUCGAGGCACGCUACGUGAGAUUCAGGAUACAGGAUUACAUCGGUGCCCCGUGUAUGAAGCUGGAGAUAAUGGGCUGCACCAGAUUGGAGUGUUCAGACAUCGACGAAUGCACUACAAGGAACGGCGGCUGCCUUCAAAAGUGCAUUAACAGUCCCGGCAGCUAUUCCUGCAUGUGCAACACGGGCUAUGAACUGUACAAGGGCAAUGGCACGGCCGGAUUCAACCUGAUGAGAUCGGAAAGUGGCGAACGAGACGGAGAUAUAUAUCAGAGAAAUAAAACGUGCGUGCCGGUGAUGUGUCCGCCGCUAACGGCGCCGGAGAAUGGAAAAUUAUUGUCGACUGAGGUGCAGCAUCACUUUGGCGACCUCGUCAGAUUUCAGUGCAACUUUGGUUACGUUCUAUCUGGAUCUUUAGCUGUAAUGUGUACCUCUUCUGGAGUCUGGAACGGAACCAUUCCAGAAUGUCAAUACGCGAAAUGCGUAUCCCUGCCGGACGAUAAGAACGAGGGUCUCACUGUGAUCCGAAACAACGAGGCCAGCGUACUGGUAUCCUUCAAGCAGAAUGUCACCCUGAAAUGCAGCAACAACGGCCGCUAUUUGCGCAAAACCGCGACGUCCAGUUUCCGGCAGUGCGUGUACAAUCCCAAACCCGGCUUGCCCGAUUACUGGCUGUCUGGCGUACAGCCGGCCUGUCCUCGCAUGGACUGCGGCAAGCCGCUUCCCACACCCGGCGCCGAGUACGGCCGUUAUCUGGACACCAAGUACCAAUCCUCGUUCUUCUUCGGUUGUCAAGACACCUUUAAAUUGGCCGGCCAGACCAACCGCCACGACAACGUCGUGCGUUGUCAGGCGAACGGCGUUUGGGACUUCGGGAACCUGAGGUGCGAGGGUCCGGUGUGCGAUGAUCCCGGCAGACCGAGCGACGGUUUCCAAGUGGCGCGUAGCUACGAGCAGGGCUCGGAGGUGCAGUUCGGCUGCAACAGGCCCGGCUACAUCCUCAUCAGUCCGCGGCCGAUCGUCUGCAUUCGCGAGCCCGAGUGUAAGGUCAUCAGACCCCUCGGUAUCGCCUCCGGGCGCAUCCCGGACUCGGCGAUAAACGCCACCUCCGAGAGACCGAACUACGAGGCCAGGAACGUCCGACUCAACUCGGUGACCGGCUGGUGCGGCAAGCAGGAAGCUUUCACUUACGUCAGCGUCGAUCUCGGCCGCGUCUAUCGAGUGAAGGCGAUCCUCGUGAAGGGCGUCAUCACCAACGACAUUGUCGGCAGGCCCACGGAGAUCCGUUUAUUCUACAAGCAGGCGGAAACUGACAAUUACGUCGUCUACUUCCCGAAUUUCAAUCUAACCAUGCGCGAUCCCGGGAAUUACGGAGAACUGGCGAUGAUCACCCUGCCCAAGUACGUGCAAGCUCGUUUCGUCAUUCUCGGUAUCGUCAGCUACAUGGAUAACGCCUGUCUGAAAUUCGAGCUUAUGGGCUGCGAGGAGCCGGCGAGCGAACCGUUGUUAGGCUACGACUACGGAUUUUCGCCCUGCGUGGACAACGAGGCGCCGGUCUUCCAGAAUUGCCCGAAGCAACCGAUAGUCGUGCAAAAGGGAGCCCACGGAGAGUUGCUGCCGGUGAACUUCACGAUGCCAACUGCCGUUGACAACAGCGGCAGCAUCGCCCGAGUGGAAGUCAAGCCUCGGGACUUCAAGACCCCUGUUCAAAUCUUCGAAGACACGUUCGUCAAAUACAUAGCUUUCGAUUACGACGGCAAUGUAGCUAUUUGCGAGAUCAACAUCACUGUUCCGGAUAUAACUCCACCGAAACUGAGCUGCCCUCAGAGCUACGUCAUCGAACUGACCGAUCAACAAGACAGUUACUCCAUCAACUUCAACGAGACGCGAAAACGCAUCAACGCCACGGACGCGUCCGGCCCUGUGAAGAUCACUUUCGUGCCGGACCGCGCAAUGAUUAAAACCGGCGACUUCAAAAACGUCACGGUGUACGCGACAGACUCCAGCGGCAAUCGAGCGACUUGCCACUUCCAAGUUUUGGUCCAAGCGACGCCCUGCGUCGACUGGGAACUGAAGCCGCCGGCUCACGGUGAUAUACAGUGCGUUCCCGGCGACAAAGGACUGCAGUGCGUAGCGACUUGCAAGGAUGGCUACAGAUUCACUGACGGUGCGCGCGACAAAACAUUCGGGUGUGACGUCAACAAACGGUGGUCACCCUCGUCGGUGGUACCCGACUGCGUUUCCGAAAAUACGCAACAGGCCGACUAUCACGUAAUCGCCUCAGUAACUUAUCGUGCGAACGGCGCCGUUUCUCGAAACUGCCUGCCGAUGUACCAGGAUAUCAUAGCCCAGCAUUACCCAAAUCUUAACAAUAUCUUGACUCAGCGUUGCUCCGCUGUCAAUGUGAAUAUGAACGUGUCUUUUGUCAGAUCGGUACCUAGCUUGAUCGAAGAGAACGUUCUCAAGAUGGACUUUAUUCUGGUGAUCGUCCCGGUGCAACGUCAACCGCAAUUGUACGAUUUUUGUGGCUCCACGUUGAAUCUGAUCUUUGACUUGUCGAUCCCACAUGCGAGUGCAGUUAUCGAACCUUUGUUGAACGUUUCCGCAAUCGGCAAUCAAUGCCCGCCUCUCCGUGCUCUCAAAUCGGCCAUUAACAGGGGCUUCACCUGCAGCAUUGGCGAAGUAUUAAACUCGAAUACCAAGGACGUUCCCCGUUGCCUGCAUUGUCCUGCUGGAACCUUCGCCGGAGAAAAGCAGAAGCAAUGCACGGCCUGCUCGAAGGGCUUCUAUCAGAACAGCGACCGUCAAGGUUCUUGCUUGCGCUGUCCGUUCGGCACGUAUACAAAGGAGGAAGGAUCGAAGAGCAUAGACGAUUGUAUACCGGUCUGCGGCUACGGAACGUACUCGCCUACCGGUCUCGUGCCUUGCCUCGAGUGUCCCAGAAACAGCUACACUGGCCAGCCGCCAAUUGGAGGCUACAAGGACUGCCAGACCUGUCCACCUGGAACGUUCACUUACCAGCCAGCCGCGCCCGGACGCGAUCGUUGCCGCUCCAAGUGCGAGCCGGGCAUGUACUCGGACACGGGACUCACUCCCUGCGCUCAGUGUCCCAAAAACUUCUACCAGACUCAGCACGGUGCGACCACGUGCACAGAGUGUCCAGCAACCAUGUAUACAGAAGCAUCUGGUUCGGUCGGCUCCGAGGAGUGCAAGCCUGUCCAGUGCACCGAGAGCGUGUGCCAGCAUGGCGGUCUCUGCGUGCAAAUGGGACACGGUGUCCACUGCUACUGCCCAGCCGGCUUCUCUGGAAGACGCUGCGAGAUCGAUAUCGACGAGUGCGCGUCUCAGCCGUGCUAUAACGGUGCCACUUGCAUAGAUCUGCCGCAAGGUUACAGGUGUCAAUGCGCCAACGGUUAUUCUGGCAUCAAUUGCCAAGAGGAGAGGUCGGAUUGUACGAACGAUACGUGUCCGGAGAGAGCCAUGUGCAAGGACGAGCCUGGCUUUAACAAUUACACGUGCCUCUGCCGAUCCGGAUACACCGGGGUUGAUUGCGAUAUCACUAUAAAUCCUUGCACGGCCAGCGGAAAUCCUUGCAAUAACGGCGCGACUUGCGUAGCUCUUCAGCAGGGUCGCUACACGUGCGAUUGUCUGCCGGGAUGGGAAGGUCAGAGCUGUGAGAUCAAUAUCAACGAUUGCGCUGAGCAACCUUGCCUGCUCGGCGCCAACUGCACCGAUCUGAUCAACGACUUCUCCUGCGACUGCCCGCCAGGAUUCACUGGCAAACGCUGCCAUGAGAAAAUCGACCUCUGCUCGGGCAAUCCUUGUCUGAACGGGAUUUGCGUGGACAAGCUUUUCAGCCACGAGUGCAUCUGCCAUCCGGGCUGGAUCGGCACGGCCUGCGAGACAAACAUCAACGAGUGCGCGUCCAAACCGUGCCGAAAUAACGGCCAGUGCAUUGAUCAGAUCGACGACUAUAUCUGCACAUGCGAGCCCGGUUAUACGGGCAAGCAGUGCCAGCAUACGAUUGACGACUGUGCGUCGGAUCCGUGUCAAAACGGAGCCACAUGCAUAGACCAGCUGCAGGGCUUCGUCUGCACGUGCAGACCCGGCUUCGUUGGGUUACAGUGCGAAGCGGAAAUCGACGAGUGCCAGAGCGACCCUUGCAACCCGGUCGGCACCGAUCGCUGCGUAGAUCUCGACAACACCUUCGUCUGUCACUGUCGCGAAGGCUACACCGGGUCGUCCUGCGAGAUCAACAUAGACGACUGCGCGUCCGAUCCCUGCCUGAACGGCGCGACGUGUAGAGACGAGGUCGGUGGUUUCAAGUGCAUAUGCCCCGAGGGAUGGAGCGGCGUGUACUGCCAAGCGGACGUUGGCAUGUGCCAGAAUCGACCCUGUCAGAACGACGCCGUCUGCGUCAACUUGUUUAUGGACUACUUCUGCGUUUGCCCGUCCGGCACCGACGGCAAGCAAUGCGAGACGGCGCCGGAACGUUGCAUCGGGAAUCCGUGCAUGCACCACGGCCGCUGCCAAGACUUCGGUUCUGGCUUGAAUUGCACUUGCCCGAGCGAUUACACCGGCAUCGGCUGUCAAUACGAGUACGACGCCUGCCAAGCUGGCGCUUGCAAAAAUGGGGCAACUUGUCUCGACGAAGGUUCCGGAUUCACCUGCGUAUGCCCUCCAGGAUAUACCGGUAAAACUUGCGAGGAAGACAUAAUCGAUUGCAAAGAAAAUUCUUGCCCACCAUCGGCAACCUGUAUCGAUCUCACAGGCAAAUUCUUCUGCCAGUGUCCGUUCAACUUAACUGGCGACGAUUGCAGGAAAUCUAUCCAAGUGGACUACGACUUGUACUUCAGCGACCCAGGACGUAGCAGCGCUUCGCAGGUCAUUCCAUUUUUCACUGGCUCGUCAAAGAGCCUCACCGUCGCUAUGUGGGUGCAGUUUACACCGAAAGACGAAACUGGAAUUUUCUUCUCUCUUUAUGACGUUAGCUCGCCGCACGUUCCAACGAACCGAAGACUUAUGCUCCAAGCACAGAGCACCGGUGUCCAGGUACUUCUUUUCCCCGAUCUGCACGACGUCUUCCUGCAAUUUAAAGAAUACGCGACCAUCAACGACGGACAGUGGCACCACGUCGCUGUUGUGUGGAAUGGCGAGAAUGGCGGAGAACUCACUUUAAUCACUGAAGGUCUCAUCGCUAGCAAGGCUGAGGGCUACGGCAGCGGCAGAUCACUCCCAGCAUACGCAUGGGCGGUGUUAGGAAAACCACAGGACGAGAAAGGAUACACGGAGUUGGGCUUCCAAGGUCAUCUAACCAAGGUGCAAGUCUGGGGCCGUGCGUUACACGUGACGAACGAGAUUCAAAAGCAAGUUCGCGACUGCCGCACGGAACCGGUUCUCUAUCAGGGCCUGAUGCUGACGUGGGCGGGAUACGACGAGAGCGUGGGUGGUGUCGAGAGAGUCAUGCCGUCGCAUUGCGGGCAGCGAGUGUGCCCGCCAGGCUACGGUGGCAACAAAUGUCAGGAACGCGCAGCUGACAAGAUCCCGCCUACAUUGGUGUACUGCCCGGGCGAUCUUGAGGUGUUCGCGAAGAACGGAUCGUCGAUUGUCACCUGGGACGAACCGCGAUUCAGUGACAAUGUCGGCAUCAUUAGGAUCCAAGAGAAGAACGGACACCGGUCCGGGCAGACUCUGUUGUGGGGCACCUACGACAUCAACUACGUGGCUUACGAUCAGGCCGGGAACUCGGCCACUUGCAACUUCAAGGUUUACGUGUUGUCCGCAUUUUGUCCGACAUUGCCCGAUCCUAUUGGUGGCACGCAACAAUGCAAAGGCUGGGGUACGGGAGGCCAGUUUAAGGUCUGCGAGAUUUCUUGCAAUGCCGGACUUCAGUUCUCGCAAGAGAUCCCCAAAUUCUACACGUGUGGUGCAGAAGGCUUCUGGAGACCUACCAGUGAUCCCAGUCUGCCUUUAGUAUAUCCAGCUUGCACCAGCGCUACUUCAGCCCAAAGAGUCUUCAGGAUCAAAAUGAACUUCCCCACGUCGGUGCUCUGUAACGAGGCCGGUCAAGCUGUGCUCAAAAAUAAGGUUCGAAACGCCGUCAACUCCUUGAACAGGGAUUGGAAUUUCUGUUCAUACUCUUUAGAAGGAACUAACGAGUGCAAGGACCUUGGCAUCAAUGUACAAUGCGAUCAUCGAGUGCGCACAACGAGAGAAACGGGCGAGGAGGACGGUGGAACGUACGUCGUCUCUGCCGCUGCGCCAGUAAAAUCAACGAGAAAGGGUCGCCAAGGCAGUGACACCUACGAGGUGGAGAUCUCGUUUCCGGCGAUAAACGAUCCGAUUGUGAACACCAACUCACACGAGCGCUCUACCGUAAAAACGUUGCUCGAAAGACUGAUCCUCGAAGAGGACAAAUUCGACGUUCACGACAUUCUACCUAACACCGUGCCGGAUCCCGCAUCUCUCGUCCUGGAAUCCGACUAUGCUUGUCCGAUUGGUCAAGUUGUCAUGACACCGGAUUGUGUACCGUGUGCGGUGGGAACGUUCUACGACGAGGAGACGAAGCAAUGCGUGUCCUGCCCCGUGGGUCAUUAUCAGAGCGAAUCGGGACAAUUAAAAUGCAGUUCCUGCCCGGUGAUCGCCGGUCGUCCUAGCGUGACCGUGGGUCCUGGUGCGCGUAGCGCGGCGGACUGCAAGGAGCGUUGUCCUGCCGGCAAGUACUACGACGACGCGGCCGGUCUCUGCCGAAGCUGCGGCCAUGGAUUCUACCAGCCGAACGAGGGUAGCUUCUCCUGCUUACUGUGCGGCCUCGGGAAGACCACGAGAACGGCAGAGGCGGUGUCGCGGGAAGAGUGCCGGGACGAGUGCGGAUCCGGGCAGCAGUUGGCCGUCGAAGGGAAAUGCGAGCCCUGUCCGCGUGGCACGUAUCGGACCCAAGGGGUUCAGGCGUCCUGCCAAGCCUGCCCGCAUAGCAGAACAACUCCGAACAUGGGAUCGGCGGCAGUCGAGGAGUGCUCGCUUCCGAUCUGCGACUCCGGGACUUUCCUCAACGGCACCCUCAACGAGUGCGUGGAGUGUAAGAAGGGAACUUACCAAUCGGAACCGCAGCAGACCUUCUGCAUCCCGUGCCCGCCGAACACCAGCACCAAAGGAUCUGCCGCUACGAGCAAGGCAGAGUGCACGAAUCCUUGCGAGACCAGCGGCGAGGAGAUGCAUUGUGACGCAAACGCAUAUUGUCUACUCAUACCCGAGACGAGCGACUUCAAAUGCGAGUGUAAGCCUGGGUACAACGGCACAGGGACCGUGUGCACGGACGUGUGUCUGGGCUACUGCGACAACGAGGGCGUCUGCCUGAAGGACUCGCGCGGGCAACCCUCGUGCAGAUGCAGCGGCAGCUUCACCGGCAAGCAUUGCACGGAGAAGUCCGAGUUCUUCUACAUCACCGGCGGCAUAGCGGGAGGUGUUAUCUUGAUAAUCAUCGUGGUGCUGCUUGUCUGGAUGAUUUGCGUCAGAGCCUCCAGAAAGAAAGAGCCGAAGAAAAUGCUCACUCCAGCGACCGACCAAAACGGCUCCCAGGUAAAUUUCUAUUACGGUGCGCCAACGCCAUACGCCGAGUCGAUAGCACCGUCGCAUCACAGCACGUACGCUCAUUAUUACGACGACGAGGAGGAUGGCUGGGAGAUGCCCAAUUUCUAUAACGAAACUUACAUGAAAGAGAGCCUGCACAACGGAGGCAAGAUGAACAGUCUUGCUCGAUCGAACGCCAGUAUUUACGGCACAAAAGACGAUCUUUACGACAGACUGAAGCGUCACGCGUAUACCGGUAAAAAAGAUAAGAGCGACAGCGACAGCGAAGGCCAGUGACCGGGUAGAACAAUGACUUUCACGCCAACGUAGAAUACGAAAAAGCGGGAGAUAUCAAUGUAAUCAGGCGGGGCGACGACGGUAUCUCAUCCCUCGUGCGACGUCGUCGUCGUUGCUCCCCGACCGAUCGACGGAUCUUGUUAUUUAUUACAGUAUCAUUCUGUAUGACGCCCGCGCGAGAUCCGCGAUCGCGCGAUCGGCGGAGAGGGAGAGAGAGAGCUAGAGAGAGAGAG